GCCAUCUUAGCGAGCCGCCCCGCCCCGUGCGCGCGGAAAAGGGCCUGCCCGGGAAACGGGCCCAGAUCGGGCCGGGCAGCCCCGCGUGCCCCAGCCCGCCGCAAGGACCCUUCCCUGGCGGGAGGCAGGCCCCGAGCGCGCCCUGGUGGCGAGACCCCUCGGCGGGAGCGGGUCCCAGCGCGAGGGCAAGCGGAGCAACCCGUGGAGCCCCGGCGGCCGGAGCAGCGAGGCGGGCGAGCCCUUGUUUCCCGGGGAGCCUGUGAGUGAGGCGCAGCCGGCCGGGGUGGGCGGCGGCCAUGGCGCAGCCGGCGGGCCCCGUGGCCCGGCACAGCGGGGUCAGCAGGGAGCGCUUUCGGCAGGACAUUUACCCGCUGAGAGGCUCAGUGGAGUGAGCAUUGGGCUGGGAGCAAGAAAUUGCUGGUUUCUAAUUUUAUUCUGUCCCUGACAUCCUAUGUGUCUCAGACUCCUAUCCUCUCCCUCGUUCAGUUUCCCUGACAGUAAAAGAGAAAGCCAGCAGUGCUGAAAGGAAUAGACUUGGGCACUUGCACAACCAAAUGGACAGUGGAUUACCUCAGCCAAACAGCAGGAACUAAAGAAGUAAAGAUUCAUGUUUCCACAGUGCCACAGAUGGACUUCCUCAGUAAAGAUAUUUCAGUACCAGAAGAAAUAUUUUAUCACGGUUUUGUCCUUCAGCUAUGGCUUUGGAAUUCAUGGAACAUUGCCCUUUGAUGUGUUUGUACGGAGAGCAGCUGAAGUCAAACAUAACGAGUACUUUAUAUCUGAGGAUGAGAAAUACUACUUGCGAUCACUGGGUGACGACCCACGAAAGGAUAUUGCAGAUAUCAGAAAGCAGUUUCCUUCAUUAGCAGAAGAUAUUCAGAUCCCAGAAUAUUUUGAAAAGGAACAGUUCUUCUCCAGUGUCUUCCGCAUCAGCUCAGCAGGACUGCAACUCUGGACACACUAUGAUAUAAUGGAUAACUUCUUAAUCCAGAUAACAGGGAAAAAAAGAGUUAUACUGUACAAUCCUCGAGAUGCACCAUAUUUGUAUUUAGCAGGCACUAAAUCAGAGGUCCUAAAUGUGGAUAACCCAGACCUGGAGAAAUAUCCCCUUUUUAUGAAAGCCAGGCGCUAUGAAUGUUCUCUUGAAGCAGGCGAUGUGUUGUUCAUUCCAGACUUUUUUCUUCCUACAGCUUUAUGGUUCCAUAAUGUAAUUUCUGAAGAAUUUGGAGUGGGAGUGAAUGUCUUUUGGAAGCAUCUUCCUUCUGAGUGCUAUGAUAAAACAGACACUUACGGAAAUAAAGAUCCUACAGCUGCUUCCAGAGCUGUGCAGAUUUUGGACAGGGCUUUGAAAACACUGGAGGAACUGCCUGAGGAAUAUAGGGAUUUUUAUGCCCGGAGAAUGGUUUUACGCAUCCAAGAAAAAGCCUAUAGCACUAACUAUGAAUAAACAGUCAACAAGUCAACCAAACUCCUCUGAAAGUAGGGAGAAGUACAGAUAUGGAUACUGUACCUGAAGACACUUUGAGAAGACUUUAAUAAAAACAGUAGUGCUCA